AUUAAACUGAUGCCUACUAGGCAUUCGACCUACAACUUCUACACAUCUACAUCAUAUGACAUACGUACGCACUUACGUACUACCGAUCUCGAACAUUCGAAUGGUACAACAGAUAAUACCAUCUCAACUAAUAGGAUGAUAUCCUAACCGAACAAACAGAGCAUGCGCGAGGAUCCUUGACACCUUGUUGUCACGCUUCUGUCAAAGACGUGCCCCGCAUGUCUACAAACAAUGCUCCUCAGCCUGUGAAGCUUUCACUGCCUCUCGAAUAUCAGCAACACCUCUUUCAAGAACUUCGCGCCGAAGAUGAACUCGUCGUUAUUGCGAAAGGCCUCGGCCUCAUGCGCCUCGUUACCAAUCUACUACAUAGCUACGAUGCCGCCGGAAAUAACUUGAUAAUAGUCGUGGGUGCCGAAGAUAGGGAAAAUGCAUGGAUGGGUGAAGCUCUCGCCGAGUCUGCUGCUAUUAGUAUGGCUCCCAAAGCAAGAGGCCUGACAAUAGUGAACACCGACUUCACGAGCGUCGCAGCUAGAGAGAGGAUGUAUGCGAAAGGUGGAAUAUAUAGCAUUACAUCACGAAUCUUAGUCGUCGAUCUAUUGACGAGUCUUCUUCACCCAGAGACAAUCACUGGUCUUAUUGUGCUACACGCCGAUAAGGUGAUAGCAACCUCCCUCGAGGCCUUCAUACUCCGAGUAUAUCGCCAAAAGAAUAAGAACGGUUUCCUAAAGGCAUUUUCUGAUAAUCCAGAUCCAUUUACCAUCGGCUUCUCCCCAUUAGCUACGAUAAUGAGGAACCUUUUCCUCCGAAAGACUUCUCUAUGGCCCAGAUUCCAUGUGACGGUAGCUAGCUCACUCGAGGGCAAGAAGAAAGCGGAGGUUAUCGAACUAGAAGUCACCAUGACCGACGCGAUGAGGGAUAUCCAAACAGCGAUCAUGGAAUGCGUUGAAGUUAGUAUACACGAGCUGAAGAAGAGUAAUACGGGGUUGGAAAUGGAUGAUUGGAACCUUGACAGCGCACUGCUAAAGAAUUUUGAUGUCAUGGUCAGGCGACAAUUGGAUCCAAACUGGCACAGAGUUAGUUGGAAGACGAAGCAGAUUGUUAGCGACUUGACAGUUCUCCGCAGUCUGUUGCACUCGGUCUUAGCCUUGGAUAGUGUGACUUUCUUGCAGCAUUUAGAUACCAUUCAUGCCGCGCACUCCCCACAACCAGGGUCUACGAGACAAUCGCAGUCUCCGUGGUUAUUCCUCGAUGCUGCGCAUACAAUCUUCGACACCGCCAAACGGAGAGUAUACGCUAGCAAUUCCAAAGCUAACGCGAAGUCUUCUCUUGAAUCCCUGCGCCCGGUACUAGAGGAGCAGCCAAAGUGGGCUCUCCUCGCGGAGAUUUUAGAGGAAAUCGACAGGGACCUGUAUUUUAAUCCUCCGAUGAGAGAUGAUUCUAAUGGAACCAUCCUUAUCAUGUGUUCUGAUACAGCAACCACUCGCCAACUUCGAGAUUAUCUGCAGACGAUGCAUGUGGAACCUAAAGCUGAAAACGACGGGAAGCAAGGCAAGGAAGAGCAUAAGACUUCGGGCGCAUUUAUGAUGAGAAGAAGACUUCGAAGUUACCUCAAUUGGAAGAGAGAAUUUGCCCAGGUCAGCAAUGCGCUGCUAACCGAAAACCAGAAAGCCCUCGAAGGAGCAGUUGACCCGCGAAUAGCCCAAGGCUCAUAUAAAGGGAGAGCACCGGCGAACAAGAGACGACGAGUACGGGGAGGUGGCACUACAGGAUCAGCACCGGGUAGAACUGCUAAUGGCAGUGUGGCCCAGUACUUCGAAAAGCCUAGCGAGGUCGCCGAGCUCAUGGAUGAAGUGCAAAUUACCGAAGAAGAGGCGAACCAGAAAGCAAAUAUCAUAGAUGAUCCCCUAGAAGACAUGGACGACUAUUUCGAGCUUUAUGAGAUGCAGGAUCUAGUCGUAGUACAUGCUUAUGAGGGCGAUCAAGACGAGCAUGUUCUUGAAGAGGUAAAGCCUCGGUACAUAGUAAUGUAUGAACCAGAUGCUUCUUUCAUACGUCGGAUUGAGGUUUAUCGGUCAUCACAUAACGACAGAAAUGUCCGGGUAUAUUUCAUGUUCUAUGGUGGGUCUGUUGAAGAGCAGCGGUACCUCGCUACAGUCCGACGAGAGAAGGACUCGUUUACCAAGCUUAUUAAAGAGCGAGCUAGCAUGUCUGUCGUCAUGACAGUUGAGUCACAAGGUGUGGAGGAUCCUCAAGAGGCAUUUCUAAGGACGGUGAACACCCGAAUAGCCGGAGGUGGCCGAUUAGCAGCCACAGCGGAACCCCCCAGGGUUGUCGUCGACGUACGAGAGUUCCGCUCAUCCCUCCCUUCCCUCUUGCAUGGGCGCAACAUGGUCAUCGUUCCAUGCAUGCUCACAGUUGGGGAUUACAUCCUGUCGCCUAAUAUCUGUGUAGAACGUAAAUCCAUCAGCGAUCUUAUCGGCUCGUUCAAAGACGGUCGACUCUUCAGCCAAGCGGAGUCGAUGUUCCAGCACUACAAGAACCCAAUGCUGCUCAUCGAGUUCGACCAGAACAAAUCAUUUACCCUCGAGCCUUUCGCCGAUCUAUCCGGUAACCUCAAGUCCGUCAACCCCAACGAGGUGCCCUCGGACCUGCAGUCCAAGAUCGUCCUCCUCACCCUCGCCUUCCCGAGGCUAAGGGUCAUCUGGAGCAGCAGCCCGUACCAGACCGCGGAGAUCUUCGAAGGUCUGAAGACACAGCAGGACGAGCCGGACCCGGUUAUGGCGGUGCGCGCGGGCUUGGAUAAGGAUGCAAAGGCGGAGGACCAGGCGUUUAAUCUGGAGCCCCAUGAGAUGUUGGGGGUUGUGCCGGGUGUUACGCCGAAGAACUUGAAGAACCUGACGCUAGAGGCGGAGAAUGUACGGGAGGUUGCGAAUAUGAGCGUGGAGGAGAUGGACCCGCUUAUUGGGAGGGAGGCGGCGAGACAGGUUCAUGGGUUCUUUAAUCGGAAUCUUAUUGAUAUUGAUGAUUGAGGUUAUUUGUAUGUAUACACCCGUAGGUAGACUUGGAUAGAGUAUGUAGGUGUGUUUAAUUACGAGGUCAC